AUGCGCUCCUAUUCGCUCGCUCCCCGUGCAUGUGAGGCAUACAAAGCGAAUUCAAGCAUUCUCCGCGGAGUUAUUUUGACAGUCAACAGGACCUUUUGGUGCAUCUUCGCGACUAGCAUUUGCAUUGGCUACAUCUGCACCGUUAUUGUUACUCCCCCCACUUCGGAGGCAAGCGGUGGUGGUGGUGAUUUGGAAUCGACAGCCGAUGAUGUAGGAGCUGCUUCACUUGUGUUCUUUGUGUUGGCUUCAUCCACCGAACCGGAAGCCGUUGCGGUAGACGCAGGGGAAUUGAUUACUCCACCAGGUGGCGGAUUCGAAAGAUCGUUGGACGACCGGUUGAGCUGUUCCGGUAUACUAAGUGAAAUGCACGAAGCACCUCCGGCCACUUUAGUCCGUGAGAAAUCCAGUGUCUGA